AAGUUUAGCAAAGUACCUUAAGUAAUCUUCUCAAAUUUCUGCCUGCCAACAGUUGUUAUUCUGCUACCCUCUAUUCAACUGUGAUGUUUUCGUUAGGAUCUUUCAAUGUUAAUAUCGAAUAUGUUGUUUCUUCUGUGUGCAGAAGCAUAGAAAAUACUUCCAGAUAAGGGUCUUAUGGAGCAUUUUUUUUGGGGGCUAUGUCAGUUCAAUUUUGAUAGCUCAAAGCUUUGGUGAUGUAUAAAUAGAGUGUCAUCCUUGAAAUCAUACAAGGAUGACACUUCCAAAGCCAGGAUGCAUGCCCAUUACAUUGAAUUUCUUAGAAUCGUUGUUUUGUGCAUUUUGCAUACUGCUGUAUUGCCUGCUAAAAUUUUGGCACUUUUAGUCAACUUUUGCUUUAACUGCUUAUAACAAAUGGACUCCAGACUUUAUGCUUUUCAUUUGACCAUGUAAUGUACAUCUUUAUCAAAUGGCUUUGCCCGGGAGAAAAUUGCUUGGGAGGAAACUUCUGACUGUUGUUUGUAAAUUACAGUUUGUCUGGGAUUGCUUUGACAUUUAUGCCUGCAGAUGCAUCAAGGCUUACUUUGUAGACUGUUUCAUCAUCUCCAACUACAUCGGUAAGGGUUCUGUUCUUUUUCUGCUUGCUUUUAUGCUGAUUUUGAAAAAUAGCUAUUGAUGGAUGAUUGACAUCAUGUAUAGAAUUAAUGCUUGAAUGCAAUGGAGCAUAUUAAACCUUCUGGCAAAACAUUGGAAAAGGUUAUGAUUGUUGAGUUGUCAAUACCUUGGUGAAAAACAGUGUAGACAUCAGAUUAGAGUUUCUUAAAUGUAUUAUUCGGAUUUUCUUAAACGAUUUCAGCUUUUAGAACAGUGGAAGUUGAAACUAUAGAUCUGAACUUCUGAAGCUUCUGAAGUUAUAAAUUCGAGAAAACUUUUAGGGCAUGUUUGGUUGCCCAAGACCUUAGAAAUAAUCUACAGGGAAGUUGUGAGCUGUUGAGCAAUUGCUUGCACUUGGAAUAAAUUUUUUUUCAGAAU